GCUUCAGUGAACACUGAAAUUGUCAGAGGCCAGAGUUUUGACAUGAUAAAAUGGAAGGAAGCAAAGUAUGUAAAGUGGCAACUUUCAGCAAGAAGAGGAAGGCACAUAGGAAAAUCAGAAGAGGAGGAGCAUGAGGCAAAUAGCAAUUUUAAGUGCCACCAUGGCAACUGCACCAUACAACUACUCUUACAUCUUUAAAUAUAUUAUUAUUGGGGACAUGGGAGUAGGAAAGUCUUGCUUGCUUCAUCAAUUUACAGAAAAAAAAUUUAUGGCUGAUUGUCCUCACACAAUUGGUGUUGAAUUUGGUACAAGAAUAAUUGAAGUUAGUGGCCAAAAAAUCAAGCUGCAGAUUUGGGAUACAGCAGGACAGGAGAGGUUUAGGGCUGUUACACGAAGCUACUACAGAGGAGCUGCGGGAGCACUUAUGGUGUAUGAUAUCACUAGAAGAAGUACAUAUAACCACUUAAGCAGCUGGUUGACAGAUGCAAGGAAUCUCACCAAUCCAAAUACUGUAAUAAUUCUCAUAGGAAAUAAAGCAGAUUUGGAGGCACAGAGAGAUGUUACAUAUGAAGAAGCCAAACAGUUUGCUGAAGAAAAUGGCUUAUUGUUCCUUGAAGCAAGUGCAAAAACGGGAGAGAAUGUAGAAGAUGCAUUCCUUGAGGCUGCCAAGAAAAUCUAUCAGAAUAUUCAGGAUGGAAGCUUGGAUCUGAAUGCUGCCGAGUCUGGUGUACAACACAAACCUUCAGCUCCACAGGGAGGCCGGCUAACCAGUGAACCCCAACCCCAGAGAGAAGGAUGUGGCUGCUAGUGACCUUGUUUCGGGGGCCCUCAUUUGACCUUUCACCUCUGUCUGUUGGAGCAGUACUUUUUACUGCCUCAUUGUCUUCUGUACAUCUUACUGGGUUUAAUUAAAAAAGCAAAAAGAAAAAAACUCUGUUGUAAAAUCGUUUAACACAAUACUAAACUGCUAAACAGCUAGCUGUAAUCAGGUUAUCAAAGGCGAGUAGAGUAAUAAAUCUCUCCUGCAUGGUAAAUCUAGACUUUUUUUCCCCCUUGAUUGUUCUUGUGAUAGGUAUGUCACCAAUACAUGAUUUGAACUGAGCACUGAUGCUGGACUACACGAUUUUUACCCUUCCUCUUCCUGGUGAAGCUUUGUCUCACUCUACGGUUUAAUUUGACAUCUUAAGACUUUCUCUUCGUUUUUAACUGUUUGAGUAUGUCUGUUGUAACCAUUAAGGUUAUUGCUAUGAAAUGACUUCUGAUGGUAGAGAAGGGGUUCUGUAACUGCAUUGGUUUUGUUCUUGUUGGAUAAAUUCCCUGUUGUGUGGGUGGCAUUUUUCUUGAGAAAGUUUGCUCGUUUUAACCUUGCACUGGGAAUUAUCUGUUUAUUAUUUUUUCUUGUGCUUAAUUAAUAGCUUUAUCUUUUUUUUAUACCAUUUUAUCCUUUUCUCUUUAGCAGAAAGUAAAUAUGUAUAAAAUUUGAAGUAACUGAAGUAACAAUACAUUCUGUGUAUAUUAUUUUAAUGAAGAAAAUAAAUUGAUUACUGGCAUUGGAGCAGUAUAAAAUACCAGUUUGUACAGUAUGACCUAUAUGUGACCAUGUUACCCCCCCCUUCCAUUUCACACAAGGAAAUAGACACAGCUGCAGUUCAUAAGUAAUACUGGCUCCAACCUUUGGUGCUGGCAGUGUAGGGGACAUUCUGCUGGAAAGAGCUCCUAGCGUGAGAGGAUUAACACUAGCAGGUUCUGUUCCAUCUUUGCACUGUGGCUUACCUGCUGAUUUUCUUAACUGUUCUUGUGCAAUCGACAAUGUGCUAACCUGCUUUUCUCUUUUUGUAAAUGUUUUGCAUUAUUACAGGCUGCAUUUCUUGCCUUACUGUAUAGAAAAGGAAAAAAGGCUGGGUUUAUUAUUGCACAUUUUAAGCUUUUAUACCUUUAUCUUCUUGGAAUGGUGAGAUUCUAAACCAGACAGCCGUAACCAUAGGUCUGCUGUUAAGGGAUUUUAAAUUGUGCAUUUUUAACACUACAGUGAAAUAAUUUAAGAUAUCCCUUGUGUUCUUAGUAUGGGGGGUAUUUUAUGUCAUUGUGGCAUAAAUUGUUUUGUAAGAGGGAAAGUGUUUCUAAUGGUGUUUCUAUGUUAGUGCUAAUACAAAGUACGUUUUUACUUUGCAUUAGGUGGUUUGGCGACUGAAAGAAUACUGUACUGCAAGGGGAACAAUCUUAUUUCUUUAGACAGCAUACUUUAUGUUUUACCAACUUCUUUAUUUCUGUUGGUUGACUUCUAGUUGACUUUAUGGUUUGGGCUGGGAAUUGAGAAGUUACUUGAGGUAGGAAAGAUAAAAUGAGCAUAUUGUAUAAAAUGCACUCAAAUGCUGUGUUUAAAAUACACAUUUUAAAUCCCUCUUUACAGACACUAACGUAAAAAAAAAAUACAUCUUUCUGGGUUGUAAACGUAGUAGUAUGAGAGUAUUGUAUAGUCAAUGUUAAAUAAAAGCCAAAACUGGAAUGUGCAGAAAAUAGGAUUUUGUUAAUUUGUGGAGACUCAUCUUUAUUUUUGUCUUUAAUUUUUUCAAAACAAGAUUGCUGAGUAGAUUGGUAUUCUUUUCAAGACUUACAGUGAUCCAUUUUGCUUACACUGUUGCAUCACAAGGGAUUUGCCCAGGGACCAUGACCUGCCGGUGUGUGUAUAUAUUUACAAAAGCAGAACAAACAAACCACCCAUUGGGAUAUAAGGUAGCAAUCACAGACUACAGACUGCGGCUUGUUUAGGUGCAAUACCCUGACUCCCAAGUUAGUUACAGUGGGUCUUUUUGUUUUGUGACAGGAUUUAUGCAGACUGCUGUACUCCUCAUUUGAUGUAACAAAAUGCUAUUAAUCUAAAUAUUUGUAAAUAAAGUACCUGUAUCUAGAUUAAAUUAAAA